GGGGCGGGCUCCGGCAGCGGGGGAGCGGCGGCGCCGCUUCGCCCCGAGCAGCCCGAGCCGGAUCCCCGGGGUCCCCCCGGCUCCCCCGGGCCUCCUCCCCGUCCCGGAGCCCCGGCGGGAGCGGGAGGAUGUCGGGCAGCACGGCGAGGAAGGUGCAGCCCUUCACCAUCAGCACCAAGCUGUCCCUGCCCAAGUGCGCCGCCGAUUUCGCAGCCGACGCCUGCCCCGGCAUCGCCCUCGCCUCGGCGCUGGACAACCACCGGGGCCUCCGGAGAGACCUCAACCAGCGCAUCUCCCUCUACCUGGCCCAGGCCAGGGGGGGUCCCGCCGGGCCCCCCGGCCAGCCCCGCCGCGGGGAGGAAGGCGGCGAGGAGGAGAGGCUGAGCCGGGGCUCCCUGGCGCGCUCCAUCAAGAAGAUCACGCUCUCCAACUGGCACGGGGAGGCCGGCUCCGGGGACGCAGGGGGGUCCGGGGACCCCGGCCGGGCUGGCGGGGAGAGGAACCACAACAACAACAACAGCAGGACGGGGAAGGCUCAGUUCAAGGUCUAUCUCAGGAAGGAUGUGGACGUGGAGGACGACAAGCAGGAGGCUGGGAGCCCCCAGGCCGGCAGUUUCUGCUCCCCGGUGGACAGAGGUUCCCCCUUCGAGGCGCUGGCACCCCACAAAGAGAGCCCCAGGAGCAAGGAGCCGGCGGCCCCGAGAAGCGUUGGGCGAAGUGUCGCGGGAGCACCCACCCUCCUCGACCCGAGCCCCCUGCUCGCACAGUUCAACCGGGAGAUGCUGCAGGCGGAGGGCUGGGUGCGAGGCAAGCUGCGGGACCUGAAGGACGGCUGCGACCUGCAGGGCUGGGAGCAGGUUGCCCAGACCCUGCAGAGGGAGAUGAAGGACUUCGAGAACGCCCUGAUCAAGCUCAGCCAGAUGGGCGAGCAGCUGACGUGCAGGCCGAGCCCCGGCGCCGAGGCGGUGCGGAGGCAGCUGCAGGCCCUGCGGGAGCAGUGGCAGCUCCUGAAGCAGACGGCCGCCAGCCAGAGCCGGGCCCUGGGCGGGCUGCGCAGCCUGCAGGACUUCAGCAGGAAGGCGGAGCGGCUCGAGGCCUGGAUCCGCCACAAGGAGGAGAAGCCCUGCCUGGCGGCCCUCCUGCAGGAAAGCCCGGACAAGAUCCAGCUCACCCGCCGCAUCCUCGACUUGAAGCAGGAGGAGCAGCACUUCCAGAGCCUGCACGAGGAGCUCAACAGCCUGGCUCAGAAGCUGGAGAAACAAGGCAAAAGCGAGAGCAGGAGCAUCUGUGCCCGGCGCAAGCACCUCAACAAAAUGUGGCUGCGGCUGCAGGGCACCCUGAAGGAGCAUCACGAGGCUCUGCAGCUGGCCCUGGAGGUCGCUGCCUUCCUCCAGCAAGCGGAUGCCCUGCUGGGUGCCAUCCACGCCAAGUGGAGGAGCGUCUGCGGUGUGGGGAAGCAAGGGGAGGCCGAGGCAAGCCGGGAUCGGGAUGUCAGGGACAUAGCCAGCCAGGUGAUGAUGCUGGACGUGACCGUGUCGCAGCUCCUCAGCCUGCAGCCCAGCCUGGCAGCCCGAGUCACCCCCAAGCACCGAGACGUGAAGGAGAGCUGGGCCCAGCUCCAGCAGGCGCUGAGGACCGAGAAGGCUCCAGCACUGGCUCUGGGAAGUGGUUUCCCAGGGGGAGAAGCUGUGGCUGCAAGCACUGAGCCCCACAGAGAUGGUAGCAGCCGGGAGCCGGUGGGGAAGAACGCAGGAGACAAGCAGAAGAGAGAUCCCGGCAGCAGCAUGGUGCAGAAGGACGUGUCGAGGAGGACGGCGGAGCACGUGCGAGGCGAGGAGAGCAGCCCCGGCUCUCCGGCAGCGGGAGGAGACAGCAGGAGGAGGAGGAGGGGUCCUGGAGAGGUGGAGGCUGAGCGGGGCACGCGGCCCCCGGAGGCCCAGGUGCAGGAUGUCUGCCGGGUGGCAAGCACGGAGGGGCAGGAGGCGGCGGGCGCGGGGAGCCCCCAGGUGGAGGCCAUGCUGCGGGAGCUGGGCGAGCUGUGGGAGGACCUGCAGAGGAAGCACCAGGAGAACGGCGCCGUGCUGCGGGAAAUCGAUAAGGCACUGAGGCUGGUGGGGGAGCUGGACCGUGCCGAGCGGUGGCUGCAAGCCGUGGCCGGGUCGCUCUCGGAGCCAGCCGCCAUGAGGAGCCCCGCGGAGCUGCGCAGGGACCUGGAGGGGACGGGCCAGCUGGAGAGGCAGCUCCUGCUGUGCGGCAUCAAGCUCCAGGCGCUGUGGGAGGAGGCAGCGGGCGAGACACCCGCAGAGCACGAGGGAGCGAGGAAGAUGCAGAGGAAGGUGGAGAUGGUGGAGGAGAAGUUGGCACACGUGCAGGCAGCCCUGCGGCGCCGAGCCGCCGACCUGCGCGACUCCCUGGUGCUGUCCGAGUUCCUGCAGAACCUGCAAGAGGAGGAGGCGCGGAGCCGGCAGGGAUCCGGGGAGCCAGGGAGCGGGCAUUGUGGCUCGCAGGGGGCUUUUCCCCUGCUCUCGGCCCAGGCUGAGGACAGCAAGGAGGUGAGCAGCCCCUUGGGAGAGCUGCAGGAGGCCGUGGAGAUGCUGAACGACGCAGUGAAGGAGCGGGAGCGAGUCAUGGAGGUGGCGGCGGAGACGGAGAGCCUGGAGCGCCUGGUGGCAGAGGUGUCCCCGCGCCUGGAGGCCCUUCGGUGCAGCGCCGAGGCCCUGGCUCGCGACACCGCCCAAGCGGAGAGCGGCUUCACCACGGUGAAGAGCGAGAAGGACCUCCCGGGGCUGCAGGGCUUGCAGAGCCGGCAGCAGGAGAUGGAGCGUGCGGUAUCGGAGACCCUGCAGGGGCAGCUGGAGGAGCUGGAGCGGGCAGCUGCCCGCCUGCAAGAGCUCUGCCCUGCUCGCCUGUGCCCCGUCAGCCGGGAGGUGCAGGACACGCUGCGGGCGUGGGCAGGGCUGCGGGAGCUGCUGCGGCAGACCCGUGCCCACGUGCAGCAGGCCGGCCGGCUGCGGCACUUCUUCAGGGAUUACUUGGCCAUGAUCUCCUGGACGGAAGACACGCGGGCUCAGAUCUUCUCCGAAAGCCCGAGCAGCCACGGCUUCCUGGAGACUCAGUGUGAGGAGCUGGAAAAGAAGAUCGAGGGCAAGCUGAAGGAGUUUGAGGAGCUGGCGGCGGCGGGGCAGCAGCUGGUGUCGGAGGAGCACUACCUGAGCGCCACGAUCCAGGAGCGCCUGGAGGAGCUGCAGAGCAUGCUGGGCUGGGUGCUGGUGCGCUGGCGAGCGCAGAGGCACCAGCGGGACGCCGGGAGCAAGCAGGAGGAGAGGAGGGACCCCGAGAGCCCCUUGAGAGCAUCCCCUGCCGCCCAGGAGCAGCGUGCCCCGUGUGCUCGGGAGAGCAUCCUCAGCCCAGCGAGGUCCACUCCCUGCUCCCUCGCCGUGCCCGCACAAGGACCAGAGCCGCGGGUGCCGGCAGGAGCGGCGGUCUCCCCUCCAGCAUCACCUCUCUCAGACACCCCGUCGGGAGGGGAGCGGGGCUGGGGGGACCCCAGCAUCUCAGGAACCCCCGAACAGGCUCUGGCCUGGGAUCCCUCUGAGACCUCCAUGCUGCUGCUGCCGCCGCGGGGCCCCGGCGGGUUGGGGGGCACGGUCAACCUGAUCCUGAGCAUCGGCAAGAAGGGCGAGAAGAAGAAGGUGCAGAUAGAGGAGGCACCGCGGACGCUCCCUGCCACUAAACCCUCAGGCUGUAAAAACUUUUGGAAGCGUUGCCAGGGGCUUGUAGGAAACACUUGGGGUAGUUUAAAGCGAAAGAGAAAGCCGCCUCGCCAGCCGGCGGAAGAGGUGCUGCUGGAGGAGAGCUACGGGGAAAAGGCCAGGAAAAGCGCCGGCACGCCGCAGCCAGCAAAGCGGGCGCCUGCCGCGUCCUGCCGCCCUCCGGCACCCAGCUCCGGCACGCCGGCGGCCUCCCACACCCUGCCCAAGGCCGGCGCCGGCUCCCUCUUCAACAGCCUGCAGAGGAGGGAGCGGGCGAGGGCCGAGCAGGCGCGGCUGCUGACGCUGCAGGGGAUCAUGGGCGCCAGCUCCCUGCAGCCCCUGCCCGAGGAGCGGCACGGCCCCAGCAACACGUGGCCUCUCAAGUGCGGCUGGAGGAAGGCGGCGGGGACCCCCGGCCCCCCGCUCGGGGAGCUGCUGCUCUACGUGAAGAACCCCCUGGUGCGGGACAUCGACGCCGAGUGCGGGGCGGCCCCCCGGCACCCCAAACCUCGCCACGAUCCCCCUGGAGCCACGCUUCGCCAGGGGCUGAAGGCCGCGUGCCCCCACCUUUCCCUGGGCUCCGUGCUCAGCCUGGAGCUGCCCAAGGAUGUGGCGGUGCUGGGGCGCCUCCGAGAUGCGGCACCGCCGGAGGAGGAGGAGGAGGAAGAGAGGAAGGGCAGGGGGGUGAGGUGGUGGGAGCCCCCCAGAGAGGCCGGGCGGCAGGAGGACACGGGCGGGCACAGUCCCCGGCAGCCCGGCGAUGACCUGGGGGUGUCCCCCAAAGCCGAGCGAGGAACGUGGUUUGAAGAGGUGAGCUUCAACCCCAGCUACGGCCGGCACAAGGCACGGGGCCCGGAGGCUGCCCGCAGCACCGGGGAGGAGCGCAGGAGCCCGCGGCACCCCGCCAGCACCAGCCGACACCUCCCGGACUCGAGGCCGGGCCGGCCGCCCCACGUCAGCGUGCUGCACGAGCAGCUCGGCCGCGAGCAGGACGUGCUGGUCGCCCGCCUGGGCCAGGACAGCAGCCCCGGUGCCGCCUGCAGGGCCAGGCACCGCGAAGCUGCUCGGCUGGAGAUGGGGACGUCCCCCUCCGGCACCCCGGUCAGGGCAGGAGCCGUCCCCGGCGUUGUCCGUGCUCAGCACCCACCCAGCAGCGCCCAGCCCGGGGGGUCCCCGGCUUCCCCCGCCGCUCCCACCCAGCUCUCCGUCUUCGAGUGGGCGCUGGGGUCCCCGCAGCCCCCCAGCCCGGCGCCGGGUGCCGGGGAGGUUUGCCACCCUGCCCACGGGCAGUUCGAGGAGGAGGAGGAGGAGCUGCAGGCCAUCUGGGACGGGGCGGGCGAGCGGCGAGCGCCCAGCCACCCGCCGGGGAGCCCCCCCAGCUCCGACACCGCCGGCGGGCCCCUCAUCCUCUCGGCGGCCAACAACGUGCUGGUGGCCAAGUUCACCCUCCCCACCGCCGCCCGGAUCCUGCACAGCCCGGCGGGAGGGAAGGGGCACGGAGGCAGCCCCCACGGGCACGGGGCAGCCCCCUGCGUGGAGGAGACGGUGUCCGCGGCCCCCUCGGACAGCCCCGGUGUGGGGGAUCGGCGGAGGCAUCGGGAAGAGGAGAGAGAGGGCAGCCAGGCUCCUGCUGGUAAAACGGAGUUUCAGAUGAUGGAGGGGACGCUGGAAAGGAAGCACGUGCUGCAGACGGGAGGGAGGAAGGCGAGCUGCCGCGCCUGGGGCCUCUUCCACGCCGUGCUGAUGAGGCAGACGCUGUGCUUCUACCAGGACCGGAGGGACAGCCUCAAGAGCUCCGUGGUGGCCCUUCCCCUCAACCUCGCCGGGGCCGUCUGCACCCCGGACACCGAGUACACCAAAAAGACCAACUGCUUCAGGCUGCAGCUGCGGGAUGGCUCCGAGUACCUCCUGCGGGCCCCAUCACAGCCCCUGAUGAACGAAUGGGUCUCCAAGCUGCAGCAAAACUCAGGUUUCCCCGAAGUGGAUUACUUCCAGGCGGCCGCGCAGUGCGUCGAGGGUGCCAGCGCUGCCGGGGGCUUCGGCAAGGCGCCCGGCCCCGGCAGCUCCCACCUGCAGGGUCACCAUCAGGCCGUGACCGCCAAGAGCCAGGAGAUCGUGGUGCUACCCCGCUCAAACGCCCGGCUGCAGCUGCCCCUGGACGCGCAGGAUGGCCCCGCCGAUGGCACGUCGGCAGCAGAGGAUGUCCGUGGGGCUGUCAGCCACACAGCCGGGCCCAGGGAGCAGCAGUGGUCACCCAGGACGUCCCCUGGGCUGUGGGACAACGGCUGCCCAGAUGACGACGACUGCGGGCUGGUGGCCAACAAGCGGCGGUCCUACUCCUUCACCUCAGCCACCUACCAGAAGAUCACCCCCGUGGCCGUGCCCCAGGAGCCGCUGGAGGCCGGGAGCAGCUACUCGGUCACGCUGUACAUCGGGGAGCAAGCGGCGGCCGUGCCCAGGGCGCGCUGCCACUCCUUCGUGGCGCGGCCGGGGAGCCCGCGGGACGCGCUGGGGGAGAAGCCCCCCGGCCCCCCCCGCCCCAAGAACAAGUCCGUCUUCAAGAAGUUCUUCGGCAAGAAGGAGUGAGCCCCGGCCGAGGGGGAGGAAAGCCCCCGCCUGCCCGUGUUCUUCCUCUCGGGUGCCGUCGUCGCACCGUCUCCGCUCCCAGCACCAGCUCACCGCUCGCCGCCUGCCCGGGGGGGCUGCACCGCACCCCCGCCUCCCCCUUCCCGCCCCCGGGCCUCCCCCCACACGCAGCACAGGCAGGGCCGGGGGUGUUUUUAUUAAAAAACAGAUAGACA